AUGCUUAAGGGUCGGGGUCGCGACCCUCGCAGCGCAAGCCUGACGACGCCGCCGCCGGCGCACCUACACGCUGCAUCACGACCACCGACGAUAUUACGCUCUCCCACCCCAUCUAUGCAUAAAGCUCAACCAGCAUCAAGACCCGAGCCGGACUACGAAGUUGUUGAAUUUCCUGGUGAACAAUAUGUUAACGCAAAGCUGCAGCCUCCACCACCUCCGCCACCACGACCUCCAACUGGUCAUCCUCCUGAUGCAGGAGCGUCAUGUGGAUUAUGCGGUGGUGGAGGAGCACGAGUCCGCUGCGCAGAGUGUGGGCGUCGGGCUCUCUGUGCGUCAUGCGAUGACAUGUACCACAGACACCCUAAACGGAGAAAUCAUCAACGUCAGGCUUUGUCACAAUCACAACUCCGAGACGAGAGACCACCACUUCCUCCAAAGGCUGCUCCCCCUGUACCACCGCCACGAAGACACAAGGUUGGCGGUGAUAGAAUGAGUGCGAGCCCCAAGCCUCCAAUGCUAGAUCAACGACAUGCAACUCUGAAUCACACUGGUUUGAUACUGGGAACACACAUUCAAAACACAGGAGCACCCGUAACAAAUCACCACGUUGCGCAACAGCAAGCUCGCCAACAGAUGCCUCUACAUCUUCAGACGAAAAUUACCUCGACGCCGACACCAAGUCACGUCGGCAGUAUGCCAUUUCUUCCAACAAAUACACACCUUGCCGCACAACCUUUUGCUCAAACACAGGGACAAACAAAUACUUUAUCCCACAUGAGUUCGGGCUGGAACAGAUCGAGAGGAUCACUGCAAGGCUUUGGGAUGCAUCCAAAUAUGGCAGUGCAACAAGAGCCAUGGGACAGCGCAGAUAACAUGGGUCAACCAGUUCAAAACUGGGGUCGACCUAUGCGCAGAGGAGCCUCUGUGCUAGAACUCAGCGGUGUUGGAGCGGCGCCUUGCGCCGGUUGUGCUCACUGCGCCUCUAUGCCCUGGCGAUACGGUAGUUGCGCGAAUCUUGAUCACCCUUGGGCAGCUGCUACUCCGGGUUGGCCAGCCACUUGUUGUUCACCACCGCACCCUCAUAAUGUGCACGUUCACCCUCACCCACAUGUACACCCGCCACAAACACCGCAGUCUUACAGGAGAGUUGAAAGCCGCGCUGCCUCCCGCGCUGCAUCACGCGCAGGGUCUCGCGCCGCAUCACCUGCCGUAAGCGUACGGUCACGCACAUCCCGCCGACCCAAACAUCGCACACCAUCACCGCCGCCUCUACCCUCGAGUGAUGCAGAUUCUGAGAGUGAAAGUGAAAGUUACGACGGCCCUACUCCUAAGCCGCAGGAUAAAAAUGAAGAUUUCUUAGGACCUGCUCCUGCUCCACCUAGCUCCACAUGGCAAUGUGAACAUUGCACUUAUGUUAAUGAGCCCGGUGUACGAGUGUGCGUUAUCUGCUGUCGCACACCAACUACUGUCCCAAGACCUAUAAUUACUUCAGAUAUAAGUGAAAAUAUUGAAAGACUGAAAAUAACUCCCAUCCAAUCGCCAUCUCUAGUACAAAUGAAGAAGGAGCCUAAUACAGAAAGAGUUGUAGAAAAAACAUCCACAAAGAUUACAAAAGAACGCACAUCGACUGGUUGUGGACCAUCACCACCUCGAGAUGGAAAUAUCUUAAAGAAACCAGUGAACCGACUCGUAACACCAACCCGUGAACCCAGCGUCAAUAAUCAACAUCAUGCCUUGGACAAACACGAUAUGGCCGUUGGCCCUUCGCCACCUCGAGAGAUUCAAAAUGGCACACACAUGAAACGAGACAUAAGUACUGAUGUAUACCCUCCAUCAGACGCUAACAAAACAAUGAGAGUUUCACCAUAUAAGGAGAGCCAAUUAUCCUCUGGGUCUGAAGCGCCUAAACGACAUAGCAUAUCCGUAGGACCUUCACCACCACGUGAGAACUUGGUUAACAAUUCUUACUCAGUAAACGUCCCAAAAAGGUCCACUGGAACGUCGCCACCACGUGACACUGUUGACAGAGGCAACGUGAAAACGACCAGUAGAGUGUCGAAUACAGGUACAAGUCCACCACCACAAAGUAUAUCAACGCAGACGUAUGAAGUUCCUAAAUCGUGGGAUCGUGCUCCGUCUGCGUCACGAUCGAGGCCACGUCGACGUUUCCGAGAUGACAGUAGGCGGGAACGAUCACAUAGCCGGCACUCUUUAUCAAGUGAUACUCGUGAAAGUGACCGAAGUGUUCGUACAACCGGUCCAGGAAACAGAUGGGAAUGGCGUGAGCGUGACAGCAGUCCCGGAGGUGACUGGGCGGACAGUUACACUCAACUAUCACGUCGUGCCUCACAUUUAGAUUUAAGACGCACGCGUGCUACACGCCGCUCCAGUUUCUAUGGUUCUGAGGCACCCUCUCCUGAGCGACAACCCGCUAAUAGGGCAAUCUCGCUAGAAGCUUUAGCAAGUGCUGGAGGCAGUCGAGAAGCAGAAAGAGGAAUAGAAUUGGCUCAAUUAAUGAGUGAAGCUGAAAGAUUAGGCUUUAGUGCAGCAGAAGUGCAAGCAGCACUAACACAAAGCCCAGCCGCGCCUUUGGCUUGGCUCCGAGAGCGUUGGCCAAGUUUAUGUGCGGGUGUUCGCGCAGCUGCAGUCAGGUUAGCACCUGCAGCUGCUAUAACUGACAUGGAAGCUAGAGCAGCACUAGCACGACACAGAGGGGCUAUGUGGCCCGCUGUGACAGAAUGCGUCGAAAGACACCGUCGACAGACCGAGGUAAUUGGAGUUGGAGAGGAAGGAAGGCUACGCGGACAUGUUUGGGGCUCCCCUGUGGGUGCAGAUGACGACGCGGCACCUCCUCGGUCUCCAUCCCAUCACUCUCACCGCAUGCGCGCAGAAGAUAGUUCAGAUGAGUUUGAAGCGCCGAUACCAACUAAAUUCCAAGACGACGACUGGAUGUAUUUACCACUGAAUGUUAAUAUUAAUGAUUAUGAAAGGGAUUUAAUUACUACGGAAAACACGUUUGCGGAAAACUAUAGUAAUGAAAAUAAAACCGAUAUAGCAAAAAAACUAAAACAACUUCUUCAAGAAGCUGGUGUCCCUCGCAUUGAUGAAAAUUUGCUAGUUAAAGACUUAUUAUCUGGAAAUUCAAAUGUCGAAACCGGAAUUGAUAUUAGUAGAAAGCCGCAUACGGUUGACUUAAUCCAAUCCGAAAACGAUUUUAUCGAUGCUUAUAAUGCCUUAACUAGGUCUAGUCCACUACCAAACCUAAAUGAAAAUUUUAACCGUGACCUAAAUACAGUUAUAAGGACGAACAGUAAAGUAAAUACAACCAACGAAAAACUAGUCUUAAAUAAUAAUAACCAUUUUAAUAAUGUUCCCAAAGACGUGAAACCGUCAGAUAAAAAUUUGACUGAAGUAAAACAAUCAGACUAUAAUGUAACAGUAACAGAUGCAGCAUUUGUAAACUUGAAUAAUGAAAGUCAUCAACAUGAAGAACAGAUAAAAGACGUAGCAUUGAAUAAACUUUCACAAGAAAACAUUUCCCAAGAGGAAGCGAUUAAUGGCAUAUCAAAUAAACCGUUCAUUAAAAAUACUCAACAAGUAUCCCAAACGAAAAAAGAGCCAUCAAUACUUGACAAAAAUAAGUCAUUAGAAGAAAUUACUACAGAGCGUGAUUUUCAAAAACAGGCUGAAGAAAAAUCUAAUAAUCUUUCAGAGAUGGUUGAUAAUACUCAAAAACUCAUACAGCAGAUGAAAGAAGAAAUUAAUUCAGAUAUAAAUUCCAUUGAUGGUAGAACCAAAUCACAAAGUGAGAUAGACACUAGCUCAGAAGAAACCAAUGACGAGCAAGAAUCAAGUUAUAGCGACACUGAAGAAAGAUCAGAGAAUUUAACAUCAGAUGAAAAAGAAAUUAGUAGUUCUGAGGAUGAAAGUUCCGUAGAAGAACAAUCUGACAAGCGACAAACUAUAAGAAAUAGAACAAGUUCUGAGGAUAACGAAAACUUUGAAGAAGCCUUAGAUCAUGUAGAACAUCAGCUUGAAGAUUUUAAGAAUGCUAAUAUAGAAAUGCUUAAUUCAAUAGCACGUACAUUACAAGAGGAACAUACCUUCACUCUUGAAAUAGAUCAAAUAAAAGCACGUCCACCGAAAAAACAAGACCUAAAUAAUAACUUAUUUACUGCUGUUAACAGUUUCGAAGAAAUUUAUGAAGAAUUGAAUACUAAAACCAGUAAUUCUAGAGAAGCACAAAAAGAUAUUAAAAUUGAAAUUAGACCAAAAACUAUUAAUUUACUUGCAAAAGAAACGAUAAUACAUUCAGUGAAUAAAACUGAAACACCAUUUAAAUUAUUAAUUACCGAAAAUAAGCUACCCAUUUUAACAGCAAAGAUAGAGAAUGUUCAAGAACUCCAAAAUGUUGAUGAUGCAAAUAAUACACAGCAAGUGCAUAUCGUCACAGCAGAACAUGUUAAGAAAGACUUAUAUAAUUAUUCACAAAAUCAUGAUCAAGUAAAUCAAUUAAAAACCAAAGAUAAUGAAAAUAGUCAUCUUAGAACGGAUUUUGAUGAGAACAUUCACCAGAAACCAAUGUCUAAUACAAAUCAAAGUGAAAUCAAUGAUUUAGAUAUUAUUAUUGAACCUUCAGAAAGCCUUAUGGUGCGUGAUCAAAGUGAACCUUUAGUAAAAGAAGAUCAUAUUAAUGAAGCCAAUAUUGAAAUAACUAAGGUAAAUACAAGUAAUGAAGAUCCAUCAUAUAAAGAAAAAACACCCGAAGUUUUAAUGGAUAAAACAAGUCCCAUUAAUAACAAUAAUAGAAACCCAAUAUACAACAAAUCUAACAUUCCGAAGCUUAUAAAAAUCGUAACAAAUAACAAGAUGAAAGCGGAUAAAAAUUCUCCAAAGUUGGUCGUUUCCAAAGUACCUGUACGUCGCACCUCAAUCAAACAAUAUCCUGCUCCUGCUCCUCCUAAAAGUCAUUUUGGUAAUAUUCAAAGUGGCCAUGUAAAACAAUUACAAACCAGACUUUUUAAUAAUAAAGUCACACCCCCUAAGUCUGUCUCCGAUUCACCUAAAACAACCGAAGUUAUUGCUAGUACUUCUACAUUUAACAAAAAAAAGCCAGCUCCACAACCACCUACAACACAACUAGAGGAACAACAAGUAUUAUCCCCAAAAAUAUCAUCGCCACCGAAAGAGAAAAAACAAUAUUUUCGAGAAACAUGCCGCACUGAAGAUGAAUGGACUGACAGUGAUUCAGAUGAUUCACAAUCACGAGUUAUAAGACCAAGUGAAGAAGCACCACUUUCGCCCCCAUCUCCACCUCCGCCUCUUACUUUACGUCGCGUGUCAGGUCAACUUAUUGACUUGGCAAAAAUUCGAUUACCAGAAGGUUCCCCAGAGAGGCAAGCUCGAAUGCUUCUCGCUGAAGGUGCAACCGAGACUUGGGAACAAGCUCAACUUGCUGUAGAGUUAGUGUCUCGUGGUGCCGACCCGCCAGCGGCGCUGUUAGCUGCGCUCGAGUGUUCUGACCUCGACUCUGCUCUUGCUUACUUAUACCAAGAUUGUGAACUUUGUGCAUCACGACUUCCUGAACAUGAAAUGGUGUCAAUGUUACGCUGCACACAUCGCUGCUGUCGUGAAUGUGCGCACUUAUAUUUCACGGUACAAAUAACAGAGCGGAGUAUAGCUGAUUGCGUAUGUCCUUUCUGCAAACUACCGGAACUAGAAAAUUUACCAGAAGAUUCAUGGCUUGAAUAUUUUGCACAUUUGGAUAUACUUUUGAAAACUCUUCUUGAAGCCGAUGUUCAUGAGCUGUUUCAAAGAAAGUUACGAGACCGAACCUUGGCUCGAGAUCCAAACUUCAGAUGGUGCAUGGAAUGUUCGUCAGGAUUUUUUGUACAUCCGAAACAAAAGAAGAUACGUUGUCCAGAAUGUCGGUCUGUAAGCUGCGCUGCUUGCAGGAAACCGUGGACUACCAAUCACGAAGGGCUUACUUGUGAACAAUACACUGCCUGGGUCGAAGACAAUGAUCAAGAACGUUCACUUACUGCUAUACAACAGCAUUUACGGGAUAAUGGUUUAGAAUGUCCACGAUGCCACUUUAAAUACUCGUUGUCUAGGGGAGGAUGUAUGCAUUUUACCUGUACUCAGUGCAAAUAUGAGUUUUGUUACGGUUGCGGAAAGCCGUUUACAAUGGGUGCCCGCUGUGGUUUAAGCGACUAUUGUGCAAAAUUAGGCCUACACUCACAUCAUCCUCGAAACUGUCUGUUCUAUUUACGGGACAAGGAACCACAUGAAUUACAAACUCUACUUCAGAUGAAUAAUGUAAAAUACGAAACGGAAACGGCGGAGGGAAGUACAGGACGUUGUCCGGUGCAGUUACAAAGAGAAACACCCACUGGUCUCAUAGAUGGUAUAUGCGGCAGUGAAGCACCCGCCAACUAUGCAGGAUUGUGCAAGGGUCACUACGUCGAGUACUUGGCGGGGCUGGCGCGCGGCCUUGACCCUAUUCCCAUCAUGGACGUGACAGAACUCGUGGCUGAGCUUCGCCGCCGCGCGAUUACGCUUCCCGAGCGCGGGCCAUGGGACACUGACCCCAUCUAUGCCGGCAUGUGUGCGGAGAUUGUCAAGGAGAAGAUUCCACUAGAUUGA